GGGGAAGGUAGCAGGGCAAAAAUAAUAAUACAGUAAUCGGUUACUUGUUGACCUACCUCUUCAAACCUCUUUUUGAGUUACAGUUUCUCCACCCCUUCUACAAGAUGGAAGAGAGAGGAAUGGUUUCCCUUUAAGGCAGUGAUGGGGAACCUCUGACCCAUGAGCCAAAUUUGGCCUGGGAGGCUCUUUUCCCUACACCAUGCCCACUUGCCCCACACCUGGCAUCAUAUGUCAAUAGUCAAGAUAUGACUGGAUUUACUGCAGAACUGAUUUCUCAGCGGGGAACUCCAUUACAUAGCUGAUUCCUACAGAAAGCAACUUCAAAGGCACCAGCUAUCAACUGAUAGGCAGUGACUACAAGCCUGCUGAUCAGUAGCACUUUAACACACCACACACAUCUCUUUGCAAGCCCUUUGUGGCAACAGUUAUCACCUUGUGUCACUGUGACAGAAUUUGUCCCAUGAGGAGUUUGAGAGAUGAAGAUCUGGUCUGCAGCCUAGAUCAGGUUCCCCAAACCUUCUUUAAGGACUGGUUUUGGGUGUUGGAGGGGUGUCCCAAAGCAGAUAUGUGGCAUGAAGUAGGCAGGAAGUCUAUGAAAAAUGUUCCUUUGGCAGCUGGAUGCUCAUUUGAGGCAAAUGGCUUAUCAGCUGGAGUAUUGCACUUUGAUGCAGAAUCCCUGCCUUGGUAUGUAAGCUGGGCUGUAAUUCUUUUGUUAGAUGACAUGAGACCGUCCUGAUGAAAGAUAGGAGGGAAACGCCAUAAAUGUAUGAAUAGGCUUCUGGGCCAGCUUGGAGCUUGCCAAGUUUUACAGAGAUUGUGUUGGUGGUGGAGGAAUGGUGCGUUACAAAUAAGUUGUGCGAAAUACAUUUCUAAAUAAAUGAGGUUUAUUUCUAAAUAACAAAUUGUAUGAAAUACACGAUGUGGGGGCCUGGGAAAGGGCCUUUUCAAUGGAACCCUCCCUUUCCUGGCCUAAUUUCUCAGUGGUUUUAGGUGGUUAGUUAGGACACAUUUUUUUUCAGGUUUCAGCACUGAUUUUUUGUUAUGUGUUUUUAAAGGAUUGGGUUUUUUAAUGGAUUUUUAACUGUUUGCCUUGUUGUAAACUGCCCUGUGGCUUAUGCAAAGGACAGUAUAAACCAUUUAGAAAUAGAGAGCUAGCAGCUGGAACCAUUGUUCUUUGAGCUGGAAAUUUUGCACAAGGGUGCCUAUUCUGCAGCUUCUUUCAAGUGUUUAGAUAUUCCUCUCCCUUUUGUCUCAAGUGGAGCAAUCCUUUCGCUUUUCACCUUUAUUGCUGGCAAGAAGUAAGAAAUAACUACUCGUGUGCUAUUAAUCUGAACGUCAGCAUUUUGGAUUUCCUUUGCCAUCAAUGCACUAUGUGGCCUUAGUCAAGACUAACAUAUGUAUUAAGCUGCUGCAAUCCUUAUUGCGCCACUGCAUUUCUUUCAGCACAGACCAAUAUAGUCGUCCAUAUGAGAUUCAGUAAGCUACUCUUUCACAUCUGACAUAUGCGAAUAAAAGACCCAAGCAUUACAGAGCUGUUGUCAUAUAAGACUGCGCACUUUGAGCACUUGAAAAAACUAUCCCUCACACAAGGGUCACAAAAUUGCUUAGUCCUACUGAAGUGAGGAGGAUUGUGCACAGUGGACACUGUUUGUCUCAGUAAAAGGCUUAGCAAUAUGAACUUGCUACAAGAGUUCAGGUCUGGGGCCUCGGUCUGUUUUUGAGCACCUCGUGAUUGUGAUUCAUAAGCCAUUUUAGGGAAAUUAUUCCACUGCUCUGCUAACCGUAGUGUUAGAAAAAUGCUUUCUAAUGUGUUUCUUGCAUUUCUUUUUAGUUUCAGGCUAUUACUCUUUGCACUCUGUUUUUAGCUGCUUGAAAUUGUUGGUGUAAUUUUUUCCCCCCUUAAAAAGGGGGCUCCUGUUGAUUUGAGUAUUUUCCUAUGCUACAAAAAGGUUCUCAUCCCCUCACCCUCCUUUCCUUAUUAUAUUCAGUAAAUAUGUGUCAAGAAAAAGUUGCAGUUGAAGCAGGAAUGAGUGUUUUAGCUGCAGGUGCCAGCAAGGACAAGCUAGAUGGGCUGGGGUGACCUAGGUGUUUUGGGGCAUCCUUCCAAAGAAACCCCAAAUAUAGACCAGAUGGCUGCAGAAGGAAUGCUUUUCCCAAGCUUCUACACUGCCAACCCUCUUUGUUCUCCAUCAAGAGCAGCACUCUUAACUGGUCGUCUCCCCAUCAGGAAUGGCUUCUACACCACAAAUGCCCAUGCCAGAAAUGCCUACACCCCCCAGGUCAUAACAGGGGGCAUCCCAGAUUCUGAGCUCCUCCUUCCAGAAUUGCUGAAGAAAACAGGCUAUGUCAAUAAGAUCGUUGGCAAAUGGCACCUUGGCCACAGACCUGAGUUCCAUCCCUUGAGGCAUGGAUUUGAUGAGUGGUUUGGAUCCCCUAAUUGCCAUUUUGGACCUUACGAUAACAAGGCAGCGCCUAACAUCCCUUUUUACAGGGACUGGGAAAUGAUUGGCAGGUAUUACGAAGAUGUAAAAAUUGACCAUAAGACGGGGGAAGCCAACCUAACUCAAAUGUACUUACAGGAAGCCCUUGAUUUCAUUAGCACACAGCAUGCCAGCCAACAGCCGUUCUUUCUGUAUUGGGCAAUCGAUGCUACUCACGCGCCUGUGUAUGCCUCCAGGGAGUUCUUGGGCACUAGCCAACGAGGACUGUAUGGUGAUGCAGUGCGAGAAAUUGACGACAGCAUUGGGAAAAUACUGAGUCGCCUUCAAAAGCUGGGCAUAAGCAACAACACCUUCGUAUUUUUCACAUCUGACAACGGUGCUGCCCUUGUUUCCGGUCCUGAUCAAGCUGGUAGCAAUGGCCCUUUCCUAUGUGGCAAGCAAACUACCUUUGAAGGUGGCAUGAGAGAGCCAGCAAUUGCCUGGUGGCCAGAACAUGUACCUGCUGGGCAGGUGAGUCAUCAGCUGGCAAGCGUGAUGGAUCUCUUCACCACCAGCCUCGCAUUGGCAGGACUGCAGCCUCCCAGUGACAGACAGAUCGACGGAAUCGACCUUUCGCCUGUCAUCCUGCAAGGCAAGUUAAUUGACAGGCCAAUAUUUUAUUACCGUGGCAACGAGAUGAUGGCAAUACGGGUUGGGCCUUAUAAGGCCCAUUACUGGACCUGGAGCAAUUCCUGGGAGCAAUUCAGCCAGGGCAUUGAUUUCUGCCCCGGCCAAAAUGUUUCUGGAGUAACGACCCAUGACCAAGAGGAGCACUCCAAGCUUCCACUUCUUUUUCACUUGGGAAAGGACCCUGGGGAAAAGUAUCCAAUAAGUUUUUCAAGUGCUGAAUACCAAAGUGUUAUAGAAAGAAUCUCCCCCAUCGUCGAGCAGCACAAGGAGACAUUGCUACCUGGGCAGCCUCAGCUGAACGUCUGUGACAAGGCGGUCAUGAAUUGGGCUCCUCCAGGCUGUGAGAAGAUAGGGAAGUGUUUGAAGCCUCCCAGCCCCAACCCUCAAAAGUGCUUUUGGCCCCACUGAGCAUCUCAUGCCUGACCUGCUGGAGACAGAGCUGCUGCGGAUCAUUUCUUCAGAAAAGGGGCAUUGUGGGAAGAAGCCCAGAGUGUUUCCCUCCUCUCUUUCUCAGGGUUACAGCAGUAAAUCUAUAUGAAUUCAGUCUCUCAGUACAGACAGGGCCAAGGUACUGUGAUCUUUAAACUAUUUCAGAUAUUAGGGCUGGAGAGCCUGCCUUAGUCCUUUGCUACACAUAAGUUCCUUUGAGACUGAGCCCUCAGUUAUCAGUUGUGAUCAUCUCUCACCGCAUUCUGCUCCCCUCCCACUGCCUAGAAUUGGAAGUUUGUCCUGGAACUCAGGAACCCUUCUGGACCUGAUGAGGCAGAGCAUCUUUGUGCCAUCUAAAAAUUGUUAAGCGUCAAUGCCAGUAUUCAGCGGCUCCAGCAAAUGUACAGUGUUGCUUAAACGUGCUUGGAGCAAAGACUGCUGCUCACUGCAUGCAGUGCCAGCAGCAUUACAGUCUAUUGGCUAUAAUGUCUCCCAUUCCCUCUGCAGGCCAGCUUUGGCAGGUGGGCAGGACUACCCACCUGUCAAUCACCAGACAUCAUAAUGGUGUCAAAGUUUAAAGGAGGUUGUUGCAUCCUUCUUUGAGGAUGUUAUUCCAGCACUAAUCAGCUCAUUG